GGUAGGCAAGUAUGAAUUAAGCGGGACAGCACAGGGCAGAGCGUUGUAGUUAGGUGGGACAGUACAUGGCAGAGCAGUGCAGUAUGGCACAGCAGCAGCAGAGCACUGUAGUUAGUCGGGACAGUGCACACGGCAGAGCAGCAGCAGAGCGCUGUAGGAAGUGCCGGGCAGAGCACUGUAGUGUUAGCCGGGACACAGCAGAGCAGAGCACUAUAGUUAGUCGGGACAGUGCACACGGCAGAGCAGCAGCAGCAGCAGAGCGCUGUAGGAAGUGCCGGGCAGAGCAGAGCACUGUAGUUAUCCGGGACACAGCAGAGCACUAUAGUUAGUCGGGACAGUGCACGGCAGAGCAGCAGCACAUAGCAGAGCGCUGUAGUGAGCCGGGACACAGCAGAGCGCUGUAGGAAGUGCCGGGCAGAGUGUGACAGGAGGGAAGGGACCUAUUACAGCGGCGGCCGGGAGGGAGCAGGGAGGCGGCGGGGCGAUACCUCUGGCACUAGAAGCAGCAGCAGCCGGAGAGCCGGGGGGCGCGGGAGGAUGGGCUGCGGGACAUGAGGCUGUCCGCCGGGGCCGCAGCUGGGGAUGGCUCCCGGGGAAGAGCAGAGCAUGAAGCAGCCGGACGCCGCGGGCUCGGACGGCCUGAGGAACGGCUAUGUGCGGGGCUGCGUCACCCCGCUCCCUCCGGACCCCCAGCGCCCCGUCCUGUGCCGCUGCCUCGGCCGGGCGCCCCCCUCCUCCUGCUCCGUGCUGUGCGGCGGGGCUGCCGUGGCGGCGGCCGCCUGGUCCGUGCUGGGGAGCGGGGCGGCGGUGGCGGGCUGGGCGCGGUGCCUGCUGCCCGCCCUGAGCCCCCUCUUCAGCCUGGCCUGCGCCUUCUUCUUCCUCACCUGCUACCUGGCCCGCCUGUCCCGGCACGGGAGCGGGGCGCUGUGGCUGCUGGCCCUGCCCGCCUGCUGCUGCUGCGGGGACGCUCUGCUGCUACAGGCGGGGGAGCCGGCGGGGCUGCUGGCCGUGCUGGCCUGUGUGGGGCUGCUGACCCUGUGGCAGGGGCUGAGGCUGGGGCACAGCGUGCUGGUGCUGCUCUUCUCCAGCCUGGUCUGGCUGCUGUCCCUCACCAGCCUGGGCUCCCUGCCCCCGGCCCUCAGAGCCCUGGGGGGCUGCCUGGUGGGGCUGGCCGGCUCCCUGCUGGCCCUGGCCUUCUGCCACUGCUUCCACAUCCGGGAGGCUCACCCCAGGACUGCUGCCCCGGUGCUGGAGGAGAAGGUGCCGGUGAUCCGACCCCGGAGGAGGUCCAGCUGCGUGUCCCUGGGGGAGACCCCCGCCAGCUACUGUGCCGGCGGCAAGAUGUCCCGGAGACCCUCGCUGCCCUGUAUCUCCAGGGAGCAGAUGAUUCUUUGGGAUUGGGACUUAAAGCACUGGUACAAGCCCCAAUAUCAGAACGCCGGUGGUGGGAAUGGAGUAGAUCUGUCUGUUCUGAACGAGGCCCGGAACAUGGUCUCCGACCUCCUGGUUGACCCAUCUCUGUCCCCACAAAUCUUGUCCUCACUCCGCAGCAUUAACAGCCUAAUGGGGGCUUUCUCAGGCUCAUGCAGACCAAAAGUAAACCCAUUUACCCCCUUCCCUGGCUUCUACCCCUGUCCAGAAAUGGAGGACCCCAUGGAGAAAGGAGAAAGGAAGUUCCACAAGGGACUGACCAGCCGCAGCAGCCUACCAACCCCACAGCUUCGUCGGAGCUCUGGAGCGUCCUGUCUGCCGCCCAUGGAACUAGCAGCUUCCCGGUGGGAGCGCAGUAACGGCAAACGGUCGUACCAGGACUACAGCGGUUCCAGCCAAGGAUCUUAUCCAAAUGGACCGUUCAGCUCCAACCUGCUGACCAUACCAAAGCAGAGGUCCUCUUCUGUGACUCUGACCCCUCACAUGGCCACCAGGAGAGCUGGUACCUCUCCGAGCCUGAGCCCUGUGAAUUCGCCCAGCCACGGAUCUGCAUUUAACCGGUCGCCUGUAGAGUUUCCUGACACUGCGGAUUUUCUCACAAAGCCAAGUGUUACGCUACAUAAACCUGUGGGAUAUACAUUAGCUUCUCAGGAUUGCCAGCAGCAAAUCAGAACGUCUUUAAGCCAUAUUUGUAACAGUUGUGGUCACAAAAAUUUUAAGGCUAUUUCAAACUCCGAAUCACCGGACAACAGCACACAGUCUGGUUCAGAGAGCCAGGUCCGAAAAUCAGGUGAUAAUUCCAGCAUUCAGGAUGAAUCUGUGCACUUAAGAGACAAGAAGCCGGAGAAACGGCCACAGACAGACUUCAGGAGGUUGUCUGUGAAUGAAGAACAGUACAUGGAGCAGAUGCAGGCCGGCCAGCAAUCCGAGAUGGAGGAAGAGUCUUCUCUGGAUUUGCUCAUUGAGGAUCAGGACGAUUUACUGGAGAAAUUGGAUAAUUGGAAUUUUCCAAUCUUCGAUCUUAUGGAGAAGACAGGAGGGAAAUCUGGGAGGAUCCUUAGUGAGGUGUCCUACACCUUGUUCCACGACACACGGUUGUUUGAAAUCUUCAAAAUUCCUCAGAGAGAAUUCAGAAACUUCUUCAGGGCCCUAGAAAAUGGCUACCGGGAUAUUCCAUACCACAAUCGUGUCCACGCUACGGAUGUCCUUCAUGCCGUUUGGUAUCUGACAACCAGGCCGGUUCCUGGGUUCCAGGAGCUGUCCAGCGAUGAAGCAGAUUCAGACAACGUGAUGGGUCCUGCACACGUUUACCUGUCCUCUAAGAGCUGCCCCAUCACAGACGCCAACUACGGGAACCUUGCGGCUAACAUCCCCGCACUGGAGCUGAUGGCGCUGUACGUGGCGGCUGCUAUGCACGAUUACGACCACCCGGGUCGCACGAAUGCCUUUCUCGUGGCCACAAAUGCACCACAGGCUGUUCUGUACAACGACAGAUCAGUCCUGGAGAACCACCACGCCGCGUCUGCUUGGAACCUCUUCCUCUCGCAGCCAGACUACAACUUUCUCACGUACUUGGACCACGUCCAGUUCAAGCGGUUCAGAUUUCUCGUCAUUGAAGCCAUCCUCGCCACUGAUUUGAAGAAGCAUUUUGAUUUCUUGGCUGAAUUCAACGCGAAGGUAAAUGAUGUAAACAGUAACGGCAUUGACUGGAGUAAUGAAAAUGACCGGCUCUUGGUGGGACAAGUAUGCAUUAAACUGGCCGACAUUAACGGCCCAGCAAAAAAGCGGGAGCUGCACUUGAAGUGGACGGAAGGAAUAGUCAAUGAAUUCUAUGAACAGGGGGACGAGGAGGCGAGUCUGGGGCUACCUGUCAGCCCGUUCAUGGACCGAUCGGCUCCGCAACUGGCCAAGCUGCAGGAGUCCUUCAUUACCCAUAUUGUGGGCCCCCUGUGUAACUCCUAUGAUGCUGCUGGCUUGCUCCCGGGGAAGUGGUUGGACGAGGAUGAUGAGGAGAUAGAAAGUGAUGAUGAUGAAGAAGAUGCGGAUGAUUUGGAUUCAGAGGAUGACGAUGGGGAUGAUGAGCUUAGCCCGAAGCCGCAGAGACGGAAAGGCAGGAGGCGAAUGUGUUGUGAGAUAAUGCAUCAUCUACGUGAGAACCACAAAGUAUGGAAGAAGAGCAUCGAGGAGGAGGAGAAAGCAAAACCAGACACCAAUAAGCCGCCGAGCGAGGGGUCCUCGUUACCUCCGUCGGAUGAAAUCCAGGUCAUCGAGGAAGCAGAUGAAGAAGACGAGAGACAAUCAGGGGAGGAGAGAAAGUGCUAGGACUCUCUAAGACGGGACGAAGGCGACGACACUUCACAUACUGUAACUUUGCAAGAACGGCCUUAUUACUGUGAGAGGACCGCGCCCGUCCCACCACACUAUGCACUUUCACCACCACGUGGAAUAUACAAACAUUAUAUUCAGACGUUAAUUAUUGUACAACUUGAUGCAAAGUCCUUUGUGCCCUAAUUGGUAUAUUAUUACCAUUUAUAAUGCUGCCUUGCUAAAUACAGAGCUCUUUUUUCCCAUAAGGUACUUCGUUACAAUCAUAAAAAGUGACUUUUCUUACCAAAGCAGCAACAGCAUUUUUUUCUGGGCGAGACCGGAGCGGUGGUGGAAUGCGUUGCUGCUCCGGCGCCGUCAAGCCUGUUGUAUUUUUCUGUUAUUUUUAAAACAAGAAACUGCCUGUGACAGAUCUGGAAAAAUGCCAUCUGGACCGAGUUCCUUUUAUUUAAGUAUCGGUUCCUCAGCGACCUAACUCUGUUCUAUCGGGAAGACUGACCAGGACAGGAAAGUUCUCAUUUUCAAAAUCGGACAGAAAAAAAGAAAUCCCAAAUGCAUCAUUUUCUGAUGCCUUUUAUGUGUUGUGUAUAACCUGCUUGUGUUUUAUGUUAUUUUACGGAAAAUGUUUUUUUUUUUUUUUUUUUUAAUUUCAGGUCUCAAGGAUGAGUCUUUUGGGGGGGUUUUUCUUUUUCUUUUUUGUUUCGUUUCAUUUUUCCUUUAUGAGUUGUGGUUCUGUGGUAGCCCUGAAAGUAAAGACAAACACGCAAAAAUAAAAAAAAACCCUGACAAACCCGAAAACACCAUAAAAAACAAAAAAAAAGCUUAAAUAUUUCAAUAAUGAAGGGAUUUUUUUAUUUUUUAUUUAGGCAAUGAUAUAAAUAUAUAUAUUAGAUAUAUUUUUCCACUCUUUUUCUCAGGAUUUGUAGGUAGAAGUGCGUCAUUUGUAACACCCAACAGAUACAACACGAGACUCCUCUAAUGUUUAAUGAAUAGUUUAGCUGUUUAUACAUAACCACGUAACACAUUUAUUCUAUAUACAAUGUAUUUGGGGGAAGACCCGUUCCCGGGCACUAACUCUUGUAUGUUUAAUACAUAAGGUAACAUUUCAGACACCACCGAAUCGGUCCCGAUUCCCACGCACGCAAUCGCUCACUGCUCUGUCCCCAUUAACCCCUGAAAUGUGUGGCGUUUUGUAGGCACAUCGGCCAGUGCAAAUGAUAACGAUGACUACUAUAACUUUAUACUGUAUUCUCAGACUGCAACUCAAGCACAAGAUAUAGACAACCUCACAGCUGCAACGCAGAAGUACUUUUAUAUAGUGAGCUGUUCCACGUGUGCGAUAUCUAACACGGCCUUAACUGUCAGACGUGUCCAUCAAGCACAGCGACAAUUUUGUUCUUCUAUUUUGAAGCCAUUGAAUGACACCGCGGUCAGGAGCCGUCUUAAGUGACUCUGCCAGAGGGGUGUAGACCGGUUCUGUUCUUCAUAACACUGGUCCUUUGACGCAGCAAUGCAACAUCUAGGGGACAUAAGUAAAAGCAGGCAUACUAGCAUGUACUACACAAUAGCAGAAUGUGGUCAGAUGUUACGAUUUCCAGCGUUGUAUGGGUACCUGUGUUUAUAACUCUCCUCCUUACGUUACAAUGUGAACAGGAUUUUCCUUUUGGAAAAAAAACCAUACGAGAUGCCUACUGGGGAGGGAGUUGGAUUGCUGACAAUAGGGGAAGACUUAUUACUGCUGACGUGUGCCAUUCCUGACCGGCACUGGUGGACUGGGCUAGUACAUCUCUGUACAUUGUAGAAGGGAACGGAUUGUGUACUAUGAAACUGGAGAGACGUAAAUUCAUGUUCUGAGAGAUGGAAAAAGUCAAAUGCGGGUUGUGGUACUUUAUACAGUAACGUCACUUUUGGAAAGGAAAUGGCCAGUUUGAAUGCGGUUCUGUGGCAGUGCUCUGGCGGUUAUAUUGUUGUGCUGGUGGGGUCACAGUGCAGGUGCUGACGCAGUCCUGGGGUAUCAUUCUGACACUGAGAUCGCUGUACUUGCGGGGCUACACUAGCUGAUGAGUGUGUUACAUUAGCCAGGUCCCCCUGCAAGUGAUGUCAUCAGCUAAACCCUGACCAUAGCAUGAUCUGAAAUCCCCGGUGACUUGGGGUUAGGCCUUACCAUGUUUAACCUAUGUUGGGUAAGGGAACAGAAAAUCUAGUUCCUGGAUUAGAGGGUGAAUGAUGGAAAAAGGUAUUUUUGUUGCUACCAGGCUGGAAUAUAAAAUGUGUUAUAAAGAGGUAGAAUGAUUUGGGGUGAUGUAUAAAGAGGGUGACAUCCGCUGCAGUUAAUCCACAAAUGACCUAGUUCUGUAAUCACAUAACUGUGCAUCGUGAUGUUUCCCUGUACUCAUUCUCACUCUGCUCCCUUCACUCCAGGUAGGAGCUUCCAUUAAUUUGCCAAAAAUGUCACCGUGUUUCAGCCUCAUCAUAUUUAUGCCUUAAAUGAUACCCUAUGGUCUAUGCCUUAACCAGUGUUUCAGCUCUUUCCAGUUUGUUUUUCAUUUACCUUGCAAGACCAGUUUCCUGAGCUACGCGUGCACCAGUCACAUCUAUGUGCAAUUUACAGACUUAAUGGACUAAGUUAUUGUUACCACUGGGAGUCGUACGGAUCACUCCGCACACAAUCACCCAUCAUCCUGCCGGAGGAUAAUAUUGCUGGGCCCACUGACAGGUGCUGUUGGAUUAUAUCGCCCCGCAGAGAUGCCUGGAUUGGCAGCGUAUGAGGGUUUGCAUGCAUGGAUUAAAGUCGGUGAUUUCUAAGUAAGCAAUUGCCACAUCAUCUGUUCCACAAAACUUAGCAUGUUACAUUUUGUAUCAUGAAAAUGUAUGUCACCACCAUCCGGCAACGUGGACUAGAAGAAAAUGUCUGUCGGAUCAAAUUUAGGACUAUUGUUCAUACUACUUUUUCUUCUUCCCCUUUUGACAAUUUGGUAAAUAACUAAAAGAAGUAAUUUAUUGUAGACUGUGCCAAAUUACUGUGCCGCCCCAAUCACUGCUCCCGGACACCCACUGUAAUACUUAGGCAGUGUUCCCACAAAAUAUUUCUACUAGUAAUAAACUUUACCAGUUUUAAACAGA